AUGGCUAUGAUAAGCUUCCUGUUUGUGGCGGUGAUGUAUGUUGUCCAGCACCUGAUGUUUGUCAGUGACCGGAUGGACCUGGCCACAUUGGCCCGAAGCCGACAACUGGAAAAAGUAAUGAUUGAAGAGAUGCGGCAGCUGGAGCUAGAGUUUGAAAAGAGAACCCAAGAAGAGAAGAUGCAGGAGGAAGCUUGGAAACCAUUAGGAAUUGAGGAAGAAAAACAUGAAACCAUCGAUAAGGAAAAAAGCAUCAGGAAAAACAAGGUACGAAGAGAAGAAUCAGAGAAGGUUCAGGUAUUCCAGACUGAAAGCUCACCGGGGCCUGUAGGCUGGAUGCUGGGAAACCUGUGGAAUGCAGGGCUCUUUGGUCUCUUUCUCCUCUUUGAGCUUCUUCGGCAGAAUAUGCAACAGGAGCCAUCUUUUGACUCCAGCAGUGAUGAGGAAGAGGAGGAAUUCACUGGGGAGACUGUUAAUACUGCAUGUACUUGGCUAUCUGACUUUCCUAAGCAGGAAGACUUGGAUUCCUUUUUGGAGCAGAAUCUCGAAAACAAUAUCCGUGACUUGCCUAGUACUUGUGAAUUCGUGGAGAGCUUUGUGGAUGACCUGAUAGAGACCUGUCAGAUUGUGGGCCGGAAAGAGCUAUACCCCCAGCUGGAGGAUUGCUUAGGUAUAGGCCCUGCCUUUGAGAAAUGGGGUAUUGGCCAAGAUGUUCACAGGUUUGAUGUGCUGGUGCCUUUAUCGCCCCCACAAAACAACUCAUUCCACGUAGAUAUGAGAACUCCAGAAUCUGGUCUGCUCCGUUGUGGACGAGUGAGGGUGGAGUCAGAGUGCGUAUGCAAGCGAGAAAAGCUUUUGGGGGAUGUGAUAUGUCUUGUACACCACUGGGAUCACAGCUCCCGUCCUGGAAAGCCUGCCAAUACCCUGAAGAACAACUUUUGUACUGGUUCAAACCUGGAUGUAUUCAAGAGCCUAUAUUGGUUCCGAAGCAUGAUAGGGAAGGCCUGGGCCUUAGUGGCACAUAAAUAUGACUUUAAGCUUAGCCUUCCCUCUUCAGCCACCUCAUGUAAACUGAGGCUGGACUAUCGCUCAGGUCGAUUUCUCUUAAUCAACUUGAUUCUGGGAGUGCAACGGGAUGACACUCUGAUUUAUUUUGUGAGUCAGUCACCUGAACAAGAGAAACUGACUAGCGUGGACUGGCCUGAGUCCUUCGCAGCCUGUGAGCACCUGUUUCUGAAGCUGGUUGGGCGGUUUGCCCCGGAGAACACUUGUCAUCUCAAGUGUCUCCAGGUCAUUUCAUAUCUCCAGAGCCUAAAGGCUCCACCCCAUGGGCUACAUCAACCCAUUCUCACCCCUUACCACUUCAAGACAGCCCUCAUGCAUCUCUUGCUCCGGCUGCCUCUUACUGAAUGGAAGCCUGAACUAUUUCCCCAGCGGCUCCAGGACAUCCUCUGGUACCUUGGCCGUGGGCUACAGGAGAGAUGUCUUUAUCACUUCCUGAUUGGAAACACCUUUCUACCCCUCACCAUCCCAGUCCCCAAGAACUUUCGGAGUGUCAAGCCCUUCAACCUCUUUCGGCACCUCGAACUGGACUCUGUGGCACACUCCAAGGCAGUGACAGAGUUCCAUGACCUUGUGACCCAGGUGAAAUCUUUGUCCGGCUUACCAAUACCUGGUAGGGUCAUGUAAAGGCCAUUAAAAAAAAAUGGGAUUACUGAA